UCAAUUCGGGACGUGAUUGGAUGAUUGUUAGUGCUAUCCAAGAUCUUCGUUCCUAUGAUGACCCCUGAUGUUGGAAAUUAUUAAAAUCCUUUUUCGCCGUCUUUUUCCUAUCAUCUGAGCAUCUCCGCCUCACUCUCACCCCUUCGGUUUGUCAUUUGUUUGCCAUUUUGCCCCCCCCCCCAACCUACAACCGCACAUUUCUUUUUCCAUUUUUGUUUCUGUCAGCCCUGUAAAAAUGAGCGGAGGUGUAUACGGCGGAGAUGAGGUUGGAGCUUUGGUCUUUGACAUUGGGUCCUACUCUGUACGAGCUGGCUAUGCAGGUGAAGACUGUCCUAAGGCUGACUUCCCCACCACAGUUGGCCAUUUGGUUCAAGAUGAAUCCACGAUGGAGAUGGACAAUGACAAAGAUAAAAAAAUGACAAAGACAUAUUAUAUUGACACCAACUCCUUACAUGUGCCCCGUGAGAAUGUUGAGACCCUGUCUCCGCUGAAGAAUGGAAUGAUUGAGGAUUGGGACUGCUUCCAGUCAAUACUGGACCACACAUACAGCAAACACGUGAAGUCAGAGCCUCACUUGCACCCUGUGCUAAUGUCAGAGGCACCGUGGAAUACAAGAGCCAAGCGGGAGAAGCUGACGGAGCUCAUGUUUGAACACUACAACAUUCCAGCCUUCUUUCUGUGCAAGACUGCGGUACUCACAGCCUUUGCAAAUGGACGAGCAACAGGCCUCGUCUUAGACAGUGGAGCCACACACACAACUGCAAUUCCAGUCCAUGACGGUUACGUUCUUCAACAAGGUAUUGUUAAAUCUCCCUUGGCUGGAGACUUCAUCUCAAUGCAGUGCCGUGAACUUUUCCAGGAAAUGAAUACUGAUAUCAUUCCUCCAUAUAUGAUAGCAGCCAAGGAGCCAGUAAGAGAAGGAGCACCACCCAUCUGGAAGAAAAAGGAGAAGCUGCCCCAAGUCACCAAAUCCUGGCAUAACUACAUGUGCAAUGAGGUUAUCCAGGAUUUCCAGGCAUCAGUUCUUCAGGUUUCGGACUCCCCCUACGAUGAGCAGGUGGCUGCUCAGAUGCCUACGGUUCAUUAUGAAAUGCCAAGUGGAUAUACAACAGACUAUGGAGCUGAGCGUUUAAGGAUCCCCGAGGGUCUCUUUGACCCCUCUAAUGUCAAGGGUCUGUCAGGAAACACAAUGCUUGGAGUUGGCCAUGUUGUGACCACCAGUAUUGGGAUGUGCGACAUUGACAUUCGUCCUGGCCUGUAUGGUAGUGUGAUUGUCACUGGUGGCAACACUCUUCUCCAGGGUUUCACUGACCGACUCAAUCGUGAGCUCUCCCAGAAAACUCCACCUAGCAUGCGUCUCAAACUGAUUGCCAGCAACAGCACAAUUGAGAGACGCUUCAGCCCCUGGAUUGGGGGUUCCAUCCUGGCUUCACUGGGCACAUUCCAGCAGAUGUGGAUUUCCAAACAGGAGUACGAAGAAGGAGGCAAACAAAGUGUGGAGAGGAAAUGUCCAUGAGCACGGACCCCUUGAAGAUGUUGGUAGCAGUGGCACGCAGCUGAGUGGUGGGAGAAUUAUUAAUGAAUUGUUUCCUCAUCUGUCAUUGUGAACCAAAACUGCACACAUCGGUCUCAGAAAGAUCCAUGGAAGAGAAGGGACAGAAACCAAAGCUUCUUUAGCACCGAAGGACCUUCAUACCCUCUAUUGUGCAGCCUCCUUCAGGGAGGUACCGGACUGAGAUCACUAAAUUCUCUAAAUUAAUAAUAUUGCAUUCUCAAUUGAAUGAAGACAUUACUUUCCCUGACCACCUUUUAGUGAGGAUAAGUAAAUUAGGAGUGUGCACAGCAUUGACUGGAUAAGAAAUGAUCCUUAGAAGUCCAUCCCUACAUGUGGCUUUGGUAAAAUAAAAUGUUCUCACUAUUAGUGUUUCUUGGAUAAACAGAUGCCACACAGCACUCAAAAUGGACUCUUUAAUUGGCUAAGUAUAGCCUAAACUAUACAAGUACUAUUGGUCCAGAACAAAAACAAAAAACAACACCAACCCCGUGUUUUAUAUGUGGCCUAGCGCGGCUCCUCCAGACAAGCUCCUUCACACUCUGAGAACGAAAGAACUUUGGAAAAGCAGCCUGGUGCUCCCUGCCUGCAGGAGGCCUUGGUGCUGGCGACACCCAGUGGCACACACUGACAUUGCACCUUUUCUCUUCUUUCAUUCUGUGUUAUUUCUUGAACUUUUAUGAAAAACAACUCUGCCUGAAACAGUUUGCAUUGAUUGAAAACAAGUUACUUUGGUGCAUUCCUUGUCUGCUUACUGCUUUAAACGAUUAACUGUAUCACAAAUGAUGUUGUCCAGCUCUGCCUUUGUGCAUUAACAUGUAUUUAAUGUAUAGUGACGCAAAAAAAGUUUUGUACACUGUA